GUUUUCUCUUUACGGAAAAGUAAGCAUAUCCGGCUCCGGUGUCAUGGCUGGUCCCUACACCGAGUGCGCGCCUGCUGCCGUCGGCCAGAAGAGGCAGCAGUUUGGGAGCCGGUUCCUGAGCGAUCCGGCGCGCGUCUUCCACCAUAAUGCCUGGGACAAUGUUGAGUGGUCGGAAGAGCAGGCCGCGGCGGCGGAGAGGAAAGUCCGGGAGAACAGUACCCAGCGAGUGUGCCAGGAGAAGCAAGUUGAUUAUGAAAUAAAUGCCCACAAAUAUUGGAAUGACUUCUACAAAAUCCACGAAAACGGGUUUUUCAAGGAUAGACACUGGCUUUUUACCGAAUUCCCAGAGCUGGCACCAGGCCAAAGCCAAGAUCACUUGGAGGAUUUGCCCUCCGACAACAAGAGGAGUGAAGUACCUGAAUGUAGGACCAGUGAGGAUGGAUCUGGUUUAAAAAUAGAACAGCACAAGUGUUCUUCAAAUAGUCUUGAACAUGAAACACAGACAGCUCCUGUGGAAGAAAAUGUAACUCAGAAAUUCAAUCACCUGGAAAUCUGUGCUGAUGAGUUCCCUGGAUCCUCAGCCACCUACCGAAUACUCGAGGUUGGUUGUGGUGUAGGAAACACAGUCUUUCCGAUUUUACAAACUAACAAUGACCCAGGACUCUUUGUUUACUGUUGUGAUUUUUCUUCCACAGCUAUAGAACUGGUCCAGACAAAUUCAGCAUAUGAUCCCUGCCGGUGUUUUGCCUUUGUUCACGAUCUGUGUGAUGAAGAUCAGAGUUACCCAGUGCCCACGAGGAGUCUUGAUAUCAUCAUCCUCAUAUUUGUUCUUUCUGCAGUUGUGCCAGACAAGAUGCAGAAGGCUAUCAACAGGCUGAGCAGGCUUCUGAAGCCCGGAGGGAUGAUGCUUCUGCGAGAUUAUGGCCGCCACGACAUGGCUCAGCUUCGAUUUAAAAAAGGUCAGUGUCUGUCUGAAAAUUUCUACGUGAGAGGCGAUGGUACUAGAGUUUACUUCUUCACACAAGAUGAGCUGGAUACACUUUUCACUACGGCUGGACUGGAAAAGGUUCAGAACAUGGUGGAUCGCCGAUUGCAAGUGAACCGAGGGAAACAGCUGACCAUGUACCGAGUCUGGAUUCAGUGCAAAUACCGCAAGCCUCCUCUGUCCAGCGCUGGCUGAGUGGCACCUGCUCCUGACGCGUGAGCUCAUUGGAGCUUUUUAAAAAGAACAUUCACAAGUGGUGUCUUGUCGAUGUGGGAAAGUCCAAGGAUUCAGACUUGAACCUUAAACCUAGAAAAAGUUGCUUUUUAUCAAGAUUCUAAUAAUUGUGCUUCCGAUUUGGGAAGCCCUUUAAUAUGUACUUUCCUAAGUUUUUUCUUACUUUGAGAUAUCAAAGAAUCUUUCUUGCCAUUUUGUAAUUUAUCAUAACUAAAAUUUCAUGGGAAUCGUGAAUUCAAAAGGAGUCAAGAAUUUAUUUCCAUGUGGAAGUAUUAUACGUGAUAAAGUGUCAUCUGACUGUGAGUUGCAUUAAAUUAUUUCGGAGUUCAAAUAUCUGGACUAGGCAGUUGAUAUAUACGGUGAAUAAAGGUCUCGUUCAGCGAGAAGCACGUCAAGAAGAAUCCUCUUUCUUUGGAUAUUUUCCUGACUCAAAAAUACUGCCUUAGGGGCACCUGUGUGGCUCAGUUAAGCGUCUGACUUCGGCUCAGGUCAUGAUCUCUCAGUUCACGAGUUCAAGCCCCACAUCAGGCUCUGUGCUGACUGCUCAGAGCCUAGAGCCUGCUUCAGAUUCUGUGUCUCCCUCUCUCUCUGACCCUCCCCCACUGGCACUCUGUCUCCCUCCCUCCCUCCCCCCCCCUCAAAAAUAAACAAUUAAAAAAAAUUACUGCUUUAAAGAGAAUCAAAACAUGUCCUUGUUAUGUGUUUAUUUAGUCAUGGUCUCCACUUAACUCUAGUUUUGUGGAAUUUUAGACACUGUUCCCCCUCUAAGUAACCUAUUUCUCAAACAGUAAAACGAUCUAGACUUUUCUCGGAUGUAAAUUUUAAAAAAUAAAUAAGUAAUGGGAAAAAAAGAUCUUGACAUUUAGCAAACUUGUCUCGUUUUUUUUAUUGUGCCCUUAACUGUUUGACACAAAAGGAAUUGAGAGAACUUUAUUUUAGCCACAUGACUGUACAACUGAAAAUGAUCAUCAUCAGUAUUGCUUUUUUUAUGUUCUGCUUUUUUUCAGUUACCACUCCUACAUGUUUCCCUCUUGGUGGUUCGUAAGUUAUACAAUGUAUUCUUAAUUUUUACCAAAUAAAGAAUUUUCAGUUCUUCCUA